GCUCAGCUAGAGAAAGCGAGCAAAGAAAAAUCUCUUAUCAUCAAAUAUCAAUUCCUUUCUCCCUCCGCUUCUUAUUCAAACCCUACCAACAUCCACUGCUGCAGGCCUGCAAAUUCUCAAUAUUCAAUGGCAAACUUUGCUUUUGCACCACAAAGCAUGUGUGACACUAAUUCCUCCUUCAAGUCUUCCUUCCCCUUCACAGAGAUGGACUUCAUUAACCAGUACAAGGAGCUACAGUCGAUGAUUUUGGACAAUUCAAAUCUUAAUGUGAUGGGGAUGAUCUGUAGCAACCAAGAUGAUGGCCUCUCCAAAAACUUCGCCAACAACAUUAACAGCAGCGAUUGCACCAGUUCUUUGAUCAAUCCUGGACCAUUUGGCAGCGUAUUAGUCGAUGGUAUUCAUGAGCCGAAGACAAAAAGCACCAAGAGAAAGAACACGGCGGCGUCUGAGAGCAGUUCUGGACUGUCUUUCGAGGAGAAAACUGCAUCGAAAAGUAAUUCAGGGAGAGGAAAAAGAGGGAAGCACACUGUGCUGAACAGUACUGUUGGUGGAGAAGUUCAGAAACCAAAAGAAGUCAUUCAUGUCAGAGCAAGAAGGGGCCAAGCGACAGACAGCCACAGUCUUGCAGAAAGGGUGAGAAGGGAAAAGAUCAAUGAAAGAAUGAGGUGUCUUCAGGACCUUGUCCCAGGCUGCUACAAGACAAUGGGUAUGGCCGUCAUGCUGGAUGAGAUAAUUAACUACGUGCAGUCAUUGCAGAACCAAGUUGAGUUCCUGUCUAUGAAACUAUCGGCUGCAAGUUCUUGCUAUGACUUCAACACAGACAUUGGAUCAGCUGAUGAAAUGCAUCAGGCUGCUAGAAUUGGCUGGGAAGUGCAGGGCCAGUUGGGGGUAAAAGAUGGGCAUGGCGACCUCCCUAACUUCACCUCAACAUACUCCCUCUGAUGACAAGAUUCCGUCUCGCUCUCUUCCCGAAUCUACUAGACGUACACUCACAAAUACGAACGAACUUUAACAUGUAUUCACAUCAUAGAAAUUAAUUUUCAAUCCCCAGCAUUCUUCUAUUCCUCAUUGGAAAUGUUCAGCUCCCUGAAUCCAAUUAAUGGUACUAAACCAUUAGCAAUGUUGGAAUGUGUUUGAUUCAAUCUGCUGGAAAAUAUUUUGUCAAUUUGAUGUCAUAAGCAAUUGCAGCAGUGCCAAUGGAUUGCCAUCUUGAUCACUUUGCUAAAUUGAUUGUAAAAUUAAUCAUGAAUUAAUGAGAAAAUGAUUAUUUUCGUUCAACUUA